AUGAAUACUUUAAUGGUUAUAGCAGUUGGAGAGUUUUCAUUGGGGAUCUUGGGAAACACAUUUAUUGGAUUGGUGAACUCUAUGGACUGGGUCAAGAGCAGGAAGAUUGCCUCCAUUGAUUUAAUCCUCACGAGCCUGGCCAUAUCCAGAUUUUGGCUGUUGUGUGUGAUACUCUUAGAUUGCUUUAUCUUGGUGCUGUAUCCAGAUGUCUAUGCCACUGGUAAAGAAAUGAGAAUUAUUGACUUCUUCUGGACCCUAACUAACCAUUUAAAUGUUUGGUUUGCCGCAUGCCUCAGCAUUUUCUAUUUCCUCAAGAUAGCUAAUUUCUUCCACCCCCUUUUUCUCUGGAUGAAGUGGAGAAUUGACAGAAUGAUUCCCGGCAUUCUCCUGGGGUGUGUGGCCCUCUCUGUGUUUAUUAGCCUUCCAGUCACUGAGAAUUUGAAUGAUGACUUCAGGCGUUGUGUCAAGACAAAGAAGAAAACAAACAUCACGUUGAGAUGCAGAGUACAAAAAGCUGGAUAUGCUUCUACUAAGAUCUAUCUCAACCUGUUGACGCUGCUCCCUUUCUCUGCAUCCCUGAUCUCAUUUCUCCUCUUGAUCCUCUCUCUGUGGAGACACACCAGAAAGAUGCAGCUCAAUUCCACAGGAUGUAGAGACCCCAGCACGGAAGCCCACAUGGGAGCCAUGAAAGCAGUCAUCUCCUUUCUCUUCCUCUUUGUUGCCUACUAUUUGGCCUUUCUCAUUGCCACCUCCAGCUACUUUCUGCCAGAGACUGAAUUAGCUGUGAUUUGGGGUGAGUUGAUAGCUCUAAUCUAUCCCUCAAGCCAUUCAUUUAUCUUAAUCCUGGGGAACAAAAAAUUAAGACAAGCAUCUGGAAGGUUGCUUUGGAAAGUAAAGUGUACUCUAAAAUGAAGAAAACUGUAA